UGGGAUGAGUCGGGCUGGGCAGGAUUGCAUUGUGGGCGGGGAGGCCAGGGUACUACUGGGACGCACUCCUGGUCCUGCCGGCUGCUCCUUGACCGGGGCUGUGGCCCUCUCAGGACAAUGCCCCCCACAGCCAUCCUGUCGCCACCAGCCCCAGGCAGCUAGCUGGGAAGAUGCACUGCCCUGGGCGUCCCGCCACCCAGCAGAGUCCUCUGCUGCGUCUCUCCACAGCGGCCAGUGCCAUGGUCCCCUGGGGCACCCACCUCCUGAUGGCGCUGCUGCUGUGCCCGUCACCACCGACGCAAGCCCAGCGUUUCUCCAUGCCCAACACCACCUUCAACCACCUGGCACUGGUGCCCGGCCAGGGCACGCUCUAUGUGGGUGCAGUGAACCGCCUGUUCCAGCUCAGCCCCGAGCUGCAGCUGGAGGCUUCAGCCGUCACCGGGCCUGUGCUGGACAGUCCUGACUGUGUGCCUUUCCACGAGCCGGCCGAGUGUCCACAAGCCAGGCUCACUGACAACGCCAACCAGCUGCUACUGGUCAGCAGCCGGACACGGGAGCUGGUGGCCUGUGGGCAGGUGCGGCAAGGUGUGUGUGAAAAGCGGCGCCUGGGAGACGUGGCCACCACGCUGUAUCAGGCUGAGGACCCAGGCGAUGGGCAGUUCGUGGCCGCCAAUGCCCCCGGGGUGGCCACAGUGGGGCUGGUGGUGAAUGCACCAGGACGGGACCUGCUGCUAGUGGCAAGGGGCCUGGCGGGCAAGCUGUCGGCAGGGGUGCCGCCUCUGACGGUACGGCAGCUGGCAGGGCCGCAGCCCUUCUCCAGUGAGGGCCUGGGUCGCCUGGUGGUGGGUGACUUCUCCGACUAUAACACCAGCUACGUAGCAGCCUUGGCUGACACCCACUCAGCCUACUUUGUGUUCCGGCGGCGCGGUGCCUGGGCACAGGCCGAGUACCGUUCCUAUGUGGCACGGGUCUGUCUGGAUGAUGUCAACCUCUACUCAUAUGUGGAGGUGCCGCUCUUGUGCCAAGGCCAAGGCCUCAUCCAGGCUGCCUUCCUCACCCCGGGUGCUCUGCUGGGGGCCUUUUCGGCGGGCACAAGGGGCACCCAGGCAGCCCUGUGUGCCUUCCCCCUGGCCCAGCUGGCCGCCAGCAUGGAGCGCGCACGCCGCCUCUGCUACACGGCGGCUGGCCGUGGGCCCGACGGCCAGGAGGAAGCUGCUGUGGAGUAUGGUGUUACGUCGUGCUGUGUCACCCUGCCCGCUGACUCCCCCGAGUCGUACCCCUGUGGCGAGGAGCACACGCCCAGCCCCAUCGCGGGCCGCCAGCCCUUGGAGGCCGGCCCUCUCCUGCGGCUCAGCCAGCCCAUCAGCGCCGUGGCAGCCCUCCAGGCCGACGGGCUCACCAUAGCCUUCCUGGGAGACACCCAGGGCCGGCUCCACAAGGUCUUCCUCAACGGCUCCCAAGGCCAGGUGUACAGCUCCCAGCAAGUGGGGCCCCCAGGCGCGACCGUGAGCCCUGACCUGCUCCUGGACGCGAGCAGCAGCCACCUCUACGUGCUGACGGCCCACCAGGUGGACCGGGUUCCCGUGGCAGCCUGCCCCCAGUUCUCCGACUGUGCCAGCUGCCUUCAGGCACGGGACCCGUUGUGUGGCUGGUGUGUUCUGCAGGGCAGGUGUACCCGCAAGGCCCAGUGCCAGCGUGAGGCCCAACCCCACCACUGGCUGUGGAGUUACGAGCCGGGCAGCCGCUGCCUGUGGGUGGAGGACCCAUUGCCACCCCACCACCCCCGCCAGGAGCAGGGCCAGGUCACCCUGUCUGUGCCCCAGCUACCCAUCCUGGCAGCAGAUGAGUACUUCCAUUGUGCCUUUGGGGACUAUGACAGCUUGGCAAAUGUGGAGGGGGCUCACGUAACCUGUGUCACCCCUCCUCAGGACCAGCUGCCACAGAACCCUUUGGGCACAGACCAUGUCACCUUGCCCCUGGCGCUGAUGUUCGAGGAUGUGGUGGUGGCCGCCACCAACUUCUCCUUCUAUGACUGCAGCGCCGUCCAGGCAUUGGACGUGGCCGCACCGUGCCGUGCUUGUGUGGGCAGCGUCUGGCGCUGCCACUGGUGCCCACAGAGCAGCCAGUGUGUGCCCUGGGAGCACUGCCCAAAGGACGAGAGGACCAUCUACAGUGCCCAGGAGGUGAACGUCCAGGUGCAGGGCCCAGGGGCUUGUCCCCGGGUGGAGAGCCUGGCAGGGCCCCUGCUGGUGCCUGUGGGCUGGGAGAGCCGCGUGGCCCUGCACGUGCAAAACCUCCAGCAUUUUCAAGGACUGCCUGCCUCGUACCACUGCUGGCUGCAGCUGCCCGGGGAGCUGCGGAGGCUGCCGGCCUCCCUGGAGGAGGGGACCGGGCACUCAGGCCUCAUAUCCUGCCAGGCCCAGCAGUUCCAGCCCUUCAUGGCCCAGCGGGAGGUCCCAGUGCCCAUCUAUGUCACCCGGGGUGAGGGCCAGCGGCUGGACAAUGCCCCCAGUCUUCGUGUCACCCUGUAUGACUGCACUGUGGACCACCCUGACUGCAGCCGCUGCCAGGCCGCCAAUGCCAGCCUCGGGUGCCGGUGGUGCAGCCACGGCCAGCCUGCCUGCCGCUAUGGGCCACUGUGCCCACCCCGAGCUGUGGAGGUUUCCUGCCCCGCACCCAGCAUCGAGUCUGUUGAGCCCCUGACUGGCCCCCCAGAGGGCGGCCUGGCCCUCACCAUCCUGGGCUCCAACCUCGGCCGCAGCUUUGCCGACGUACAGGGUGCCGUGAGGGUGGCCGGCCGGCCCUGCAGCCCUGACCCCACACUCUACCGCACCUCAGUCCGGAUCGUGUGUGUGGCUGCCCCUGCUCCCAGCGGCACUACAGGGCCUGUCCAAGUGGCCAUUAAGAGCCAGGCACCAGGCAUCUCCAGUCAGCACUUCACCUACCAGGACCCCACCUUGCUCAGCCUGAGUCCCCAACGGGGCCCCCAGGCGGGGGGCACCCAGCUCACCAUCCACGGGCGGCACCUCCAGACUGGACACAACAUCAGCGCCUUCGUGGGCAGCCAGCCCUGCCCCAUACAGGAGCCGGUGUGUCCCGAGGUCAUUGUGUGCCGCACCAGGCCGCAGGCCGCCCCUGGAGAAGCUGUGGUGCGCGUCGUCUUCGGCCAGGCGCAGCGCACUCUGCGAGCCAAGCCCUUCCACUACACCGCCAAUCCCCAGAUCAUGGCAGCAGAGCCCAACGUCGGCUUCCGGGGGGGCGGCCGGCUGAUCCGAGUGCGGGGCACUGGCCUGGACGUGGUGAGGCGGCCCCAACUUUCCGUGUUGCUAGAGGCCUCGGCCAAGGUGCAGGCUGCCGCCACUCAGCCCCAGGCCCCACCCCCUGGCAGGAGCUGCAGAGGCCCAGCAGCACCCUCCCAGGCUUGUGUCCAGCUGGAGGGGGGUCAGCUGCAGUGCUCCUCCGCCUGCUCCAUCAACUCUUCCAGCCUUCUCUUGUGCUGGAGCCCUGCGGUGCCCGACGGGGCACACCCCCAGAGGGUCUUCUUCACCUUGGACAAUGUGCAGGUGGACUUCUCCAGUGCCAGCGGGGGCCAGGACUUCCUGUACCAGCCCAACCCCCGCCUGAAUCCGCUGAGCCCUGAAGGGCCCAACCGGCCCUACCGCCUGAAACCAGGCAACGUCCUGGAUGUGGAGGGCGAGGGCCUCAGCCUGGGCAUCAGCAAGGAGGAAGUGCGCGUGCACAUCGGCACGGGCGAGUGCCUGGUGAAGACGCUGACACUCACGCACCUAUACUGUGAGCCACCCCUGCACGCCCCACCACCCACCAAUGGCUCUGGCUCUGGCCUGCCGCAGUUCGUGGUACAGAUGGGUAACGUGCGCCUGGCCCUGGGCCCUGUCCAGUACGAGGCAGAGCCUGUGCUGCCCACCUUCCCCGUGGAGGCCCAAGUGGGCCUCGGUGUGGGUGCCGCCAUGCUGAUCACCGCCGUGCUCCUCCUCACCCUCAUGUACAGGCGCAAGAGCAAGCAGGCCCUGCGCGACUACCAGAAGGUGCUGGUACAGCUGGAGAACCUGGAGACGGGCGUGGGCGACCAGUGCCGCAAGGAGUUCACAGACCUCAUGACCGAGAUGACAGACCUCAGCAGUGACCUGGAGGCCAGUGGGAUCCCCUUCCUGGACUACCGCACCUAUGCAGAGCGCGUCUUCUUCCCCGGCCACGGCGGCUGUCCACUGCAGCCCAUCUGCGAUGGCCCCGGGGAGGAGGGCUGCCGAGCCCCCGUUCGCCAGGGCCUCACACAGCUCUCCAACCUGCUCAACUGCAAGCUCUUCCUGCUCACACUUGUCCGCACCCUGGAGGAGCAGCCCAGCUUCUCACAGCGGGACCGCUGCCACGUGGCCUCACUGCUGUCCCUGGCGCUGCAUGACAAGCUGGAGUACCUGACUGACGUCAUGAAGACGCUGCUCGGUGACCUGGCGGCCCACUGCGUGCACAGGAACCCCAAACUCAUGUUGCGCAGGACGGAGACCAUGGUAGAGAAGCUGCUCACCAAUUGGCUGUCCAUCUGUCUGUACGCCUUCCUGAGGGAGGUGGCAGGCGAGCCGCUGUACUUGCUCCUCCGCGCCAUCCAGUACCAGGUGGACAAGGGCCCCGUGGAUGCUGUGACGGGCAAGGCCAAGCGGACCCUGAAUGACAGCCGCCUGCUGCGGGAGGACGUGGACUUCCGGCCGCUGACGCUCACAGUGCUGCUGGGGCCAGGCGGGGCUGUGGGCAGUGGUACAGGGCAGCGUAUGCCUGCCCGAGUGCUCGACACGGACACCAUCACCCAGGUCAAGGAGAAGGUGUUGGACCAAGUGUACAAAGGCACCCCCUUCUCCCAGAGGCCCUCAGUGCAUGCCCUAGACCUUGAGUGGCGCUCGGGCCUGGCCGGCCAUCUCACCUUGUCAGAUGAGGACCUAACCUCAGUGACCCAGGGCCACUGGAAGCGACUCAACACCCUGCAGCACUACAAGGUCCCGGAUGGAGCCACAGUGGGGCUCAUCCCCCAGCUGCACAAUGGAGGUGCCAUCGCCCAGAGCCUGCACAUCAGCUGCCCCGUGGGGGAGAACAUCCCCAUGCUGGAGGACAGUGAGGAAGGUGGGGUGCGCCUCUGGCACCUGGUGAAGGCUCCCGAGGAGCCUGAGGGCACGAAGGCGUGCAGCAGCCUGCGGGAGCGCAGCGAGCGGGCACGCGCCAAGGCCAUUCCGGAAAUCUAUCUCACACGGCUGCUCUCCAUGAAGGGCACACUGCAGAAGUUCGUAGAUGACACUUUCCAGGCCAUCCUCAGCGUGAACCGGCCCGUGCCCAUCGCUGUCAAGUACUUGUUUGACUUCUUGGACGAGCUGGCCGAGAGGCACAGCAUCGACGAUCCGGAGACCCUGCACAUCUGGAAAACCAACAGCCUGCUGCUGCGCUUCUGGGUAAACACCCUGAAGAACCCCCGGCUCAUCUUCGAUGUGCGGGUGUCGGACAAUGUGGACGCUGUUCUGGGAGUCAUCGCCCAGACCUUCAUUGACUCCUGCACAGUCUCAGAGCACAAAGUGGGCCGGGACUCCCCUGUGAACAAGCUGCUCUAUGCCCGGGAGAUCCCCCGCUACAAGCAGAUGGUGGAGCGAUACUAUGCUGACAUCCGCCAGAGCUCACCAGCCAGCUACCAGGAGAUGAACUCGGCACUGGCUGAGCUGUCAGGGAACUACACCUCCGCGCCCCACUGUCUGGAAGCCCUGCAAGAACUGUACAACCACAUCCACAGGUACUACGACCAGAUCAUCAGUGCUCUGGAGGAGGACCCCAUAGGCCAGAAGAUGCAGCUGGCCUGCCGCCUGCAACAGACCGCAGCCCUGGUGGAGAACAAGACCACUCCUGGAAAUACAAUAGAGAUGUCUUUUUUUAAAAAGCCUAGUGCCUGUGUGCUCUGCGCGCCCUGGAAGUCUCACUGCUCCCCCACCCCAGCUCUGGCUCUGUUUCAAGUGUUCUGGACUCUAGCACAUGGAUGAGCGAGCUGGGACGAGGCCAGCCCUUCCCAUGCACGUCAGUGCCGCCCCCGCUGUCCCUACUCGGCCCUCUUUGAAGGAACCUGCCUGUUCUCCCUUAACAGGCACAGAGGGGACGCUUGCAGCCCAAGGCCAGGUGUGCAG